AUGGAAAGCGGAGAGAUCACUGACCAACAGCUAAGCACUUCUUCAGAAUAUAACUCUAGGCACUCCGUUUUAAGUGGUAGACUAAACGUAAAGUACGAAGCAGGGGCGUGGUGUGCUGGAACCCAUGAUGACAACCAGUGGCUCCAGGUUGAUCUACUGAGCAGGCACAGAAUAACAGGAGUUGCCACUCAAGGAAGGGCGGGAAACCAUGGGCAGUGGGUGACAAAGUAUAGGCUCCAGUACAGUGAUAAUGGAGUGAACUUUCAAUAUUACAGGGAGCAUGGACAAACGACACAGAAGGUAAGGUUAGGUCGCGUAAUUGAUAAUUUUUUACUUCGCAACAUACGUAGGGAAAUGAUCGAUUUCACAUUAACGAAUCUGUGUUUUAAUGUAUCUUGGGUAGAAAGAGCAGAAUCUAAUCAAAAUGAGAUUUGACCGUAGCCACAAUUUCCGUCCAACAGCAUGUUUGACGGUUUAGCCAUCUCUCGCAAAUCUAAUUUAAAUGGCCUCCCCUGCUCUUACUGGAUCGAUAAUUUUCAUCGAAUAUUUUACUUUAGCAGCAGACGUUUGAUCGUUUAUCCACCCUGUGUUACGUAAAAAAAAACGACUUAGAGCGAAAAUGUUUGAUCAUUUCGUCUGUCCGGUCAUUCGUCCGUCCUUCGGUUUGUUCAUUCGUCCAUUCUAACUCGUUCGUUCGCUCUUUUCUUCGAUCGAUCGUUGGCUCGUUGGCUCGUUAACUUAUUCGCUCGUUCGCUCGUUCGUUCGUCAGUUACUAAAAGAGGGCUUCGUUUCAAUGAUGUUCGUAUUACUCAACGGACUUUGUUCAAAAGAGUCUCAAGGUAAAACAAUCAUCAUCACUUUUUAAAGGCAAAGACCUUUAAGAGCGUCUAACCAAAAACAGACGGACAUCUGAUUCCAUAUCAUGCACUUAGGGAUUAAUCACUCAUAUUUAGUGGAACUUUCAAGAAGACGUAAACUUUCGAGAUAGAACGAAAAAAAAUUUGUCACUAAAUGCAAGCGAAAAUUAAUAAUAUUUCCUACUACCAGAAGGAGCUAAAUUAUUUCCUACGGUUUAGGAAUUUGAUGGGAACACCGAUCAGGACACGGUAGUGGCACAUGACCUGAAUCCACCGAUCAGGGCACGUUAUAUCCGUUUCCGUCCGAAAACUCGCCAUGGCCACAUGUCCAUGAGGGCGGAGCUCUAUGGAUGCAAAGGUACUGUUUAAAAAGAGACUUCAUCAGUGUCUAUACCUGAAGCAUGAUUUCAAUGCCCCAUUUCUCGCACCAAUUACCGUUAAUUUGCGACAAAUGUCCUAUAUUGAAUUACAGAAAACAAAGUAUUCAACAUUUUAAAGAGGAGUUUAACGGUCGCUUCCCGUUUUUGAUCGUGUGAAGUUAUUUGAUUGUUACUGUAAUGAAAUCACGGCUUUCCCGCUCAACACCCCCCACCCCUCCCUCCCUUAUCUCAUACCUAGAUCCAAGUUGUAACUGUUACAACUUCUUGGCCGUGGAAGGUCUGGGUACCAAACAACCUCUCCCCACCCCACUCAAACAGGUAAACUUUGGUGUUUAGCCUCCCUUCCCUCCACACAAUUCUAGAUAACAGUAACCAAAACGAGUUUCUGUGAUAAUAAAUAACCGUUUGAUGAGAACAGAGUAUCCAUGAUUUGCAGGAGGGGACUGUUUUUUGCGUAUUUGGGAUAGCACCAGUUGAGGGGACACGAUCCCUGGCACUAUCCCCAUUUUUUUUCCAAGUAGCUUCUCACGAUGUUUAUAUUUUUUAUAAUUAGCAAACCUUGGCUGGUGUGGCUCCAAAGACUCUCCACCUAAAAUAUUCCACUUUCAUAUUAACAAGAUCUGCAAUUCAUCUCCUCUUUAGUUAAUUUUCAGUGGAUGUUCCAAUCCUAUGGAGGUGAAUAUUUGUUAGAUGAGUCGAAUCGCACCAGUUCCUCCGCUGUAGGGCGCGGUUUGCACGUGGCUGCUAAUACCCUCUUUGUGACUGACACGGGUCAUCUUGAGAUUGUCAAGACCGGCGAGGAUUUUUCCCCAAAUGGUGACGAAUUAGGUUUCUCCUUUUUGAUCAAACACAAAGGUAUGAUUGAAUACAGAUUGUAACGUAAGUUGAUUACAGAGAUGAAUAAAGUACAAGUGUUAAAUCAACCAGGGUUGAUUGUCACAGAUAAUCCUAGAUUUCCUUGAUUUUGCUUUGCCUUGCGCUGUAAUUAGUCGAUGAAAAGUCGCUUCAAAACCUUAGCCAAUCAGUUGCAGAAUCGACUGACUUAAUCACACCUUUUUUCAAUUGCGUUUCCAGUGCUUCUCACAGUUGGCGUUUUUUUUCUUUGAGUUCCCAUUGGCUACAUGUCAUGCUUACAAUAUUUACCUUUGUUAUGAUUAUCCAUUGCUUUUGGCUCAAACACACUCAAUCGAAAAGAAUUCCAUCACCUGAUUAACACAAAUUCAACAUAAUACUAGGGAAGGUUCAUUGCCUCAGCUAUGCGUACAGUUAACUUGUAUACCAAUCCAGGCCACUCCAUUUUACAAACAAAGCAUACUCUGAAUAAAGAGGGUGACGUUCUAAAGAAACUGUGGUGCUGCCUAGGUUAGGGGUUUUACAAGAUAAUUAAGUUUUAUCAACUGAGUUUUUGAUGCGAAAGCUAACGUUAUCCAGCCUGCGUUACUGACGGUCUGCGGUUGUGGGCGUUCCCACUACCGCAGACCGCCAGCAACGCUGGCUAACGCUUAACGAGCUAACGUUAGCCCUAGACAGCACGGAAAGCUGCAAAAUUUUAGAACAAAAAUUUCUUUCAAAUCGGCACCUUUAAUCGUCAUGUUAGCGACAAAUGCUUUUCAUUCAACUAAUUUAUUAUUGUGUUUUUCACGUUGCCAUGUUCCCACCAUUAGCGUGGCUCCAUCUUUCUGUCUACAACCCACGCGUAACCCACAGUUUCUCGAUUCGCUCUGACGAAGGGCUGACGCCAGAAAUAUUGGCUUUAGGAUCUCUUUACGGUGGAAAAUUCACAUUAUCAACUCAGUUGAUAAAACAAAAUGCAUACUGUGGACAACUGUAACUUGUAUUUUUUUGUAACUUAACAACGCGGUUUCUUUUUAGGUCAUUUUUCUGUCUCAGUGCGUUCUAAAGGAGGACCUCAUCACGAACCUCAUAUCUUAGUCAGUGGGAAGGAUUACAGUACUCACAAUGAAGGAAUAAACUUUGUUGUUGUGGAUUAUGAUUCAGGUAUUUAUCCCAAACAGUCAUUGUGAGAAAAACCAGUUGCUGUCUGUUUCUCAAUCGAGAAUCACGUGAUAGACAAGCUGAAUAAUACACGCAUUUUGAUUGGUUCUCACUUAUGAUCUAUUGGAGGACAGACGCAUAGAUGACGUCACCAUUAUCAACAAGAUAUAGAACAAAUAGAUUUCAUGUAACUGUCAGUCUACUUCGUAGCCGUUCUUUGGAUGUCACACAACGUUCAACGGAGGGGGAGGGGGAGGGAGCGUUACGUGACAUCCACUGACCAUGCGCACGGCAUCAUGGACUCUUUUUUUAAUUAUUUGAAUUUUCUUAUAAUUAAUAUUUCAACCUUAUUUAAUCACGGGCAAUUCAUCAGCUAUUUACAAAGGGUUAAAAACUAUUAACUAUUAAUUUUAUUGAGCUAACCCAUGUAGGCAUUUGACAAUCAUGGCGGCCUUUUGUAUGUUCCGCUGACGGUCAAGACUUUUUCCACCCCAAAAUUUCUAACAAUUGGUCAGCGUUAGCGUCAUAAUUUGAAAAUGUCAGAACGCGAGCUGCUCUAUCUCGCAGUUUUUCAAGCUUGUCUUGUAAAGUUGUCCCACAAGUUAAAUAUUGCAUAUCACAACAAAAAGAAGUUGGGUGGGGGAAUCAGACCCAAUCCCUUUCGUUUAAAUCUCAAGACACAAGAAGAGAGACCUGAAUAAAUUGUAAGUUAGAAAAAAGUUCAAGAGUAAAAAACGUUUAAAUUGUAAAAUUGAAAUAUUUCCCAUCAUUUGACUGACAACAAGCAUUUGAACCCUGCCCCCAUCGAGAAAUGAUUACUAGGUUGCUUCUGAGGGACUGGUCAUUAUUUAUUUUUGAGUAGUCGGGAUAGUUUGUUUGUGGCACAAUAAACUUUACUUGACCCCCCUUAGGCUCUGCAGUUUUCUAAUGAUCCCCCCCAUUGGCAGUCAAUUUUGUAUUGUCCCCCUUUACAAUCUGUUAGCGACCACCGCCCCCCCCUCCCCCUCUUCCCUCCUUCGUUCCUCUUGAAAGCCAUAUGAUCCCCACAAAUCUUCCACCCCUCCUCCCUAGGUGACAAAGAAUGACCGUUCCCUACUUCUUGUAUGUUUUUUUUAGGCGAUGUCCUCUUUGUCAGAGGCUUUGAAGAAACCGGAAAUCCACAGCACAUUCCAGAGUUUAUCAAAAUGCUACCGGAUCGCGCUAUUGUGUUAUUAUCCAUGAAUACACAAGUCUUUCAACUUUCUCCUUUCUUCUCGAACAUCAGUCAGUUGGUAACAUACAUGGGAGGGAGUUUGGAAAGCGAUUCUGCUUAUUACUGGUACUGUUUAAUAGGGUUUCACGGAUUAGAAACCUUCCCUUGGAUCAAAGAACAGAAAAGUAUUGUAUUUGGAGAAGCUUGUGAAAUUUCAAGUGUCAUUAGGUUACCAGGUAAUUUCCUGAUCUCUGAUCUCAUGAAUAUUUUUAACCUCAAACAAAUUUAGCAUGUACCACAGAAGUGAAUAGUGCUUUUCGCACGCACUGAUUGGCUAGUUCGGAAGUGAAUAGUGCUUUUCGCAAGCAUUGAUUGGCUAGUUCGAAAGUGAAUAGAUAUUUACCUCCUCUUCAAUGAAUAAUUGUUAAAUAUUCCGGAGACCUGCCAAAAGCGGAAGCGCCCAAGAACCUCAUUCAGUCACAGAAGACGAGUAGAUUUCUCUCCCUGAUGAACAAUCUUUCUUACUUAAUUGCUAACGGAAGGACUUCCAGACAGGUGAUAUAUCAGUGGUUGAUACAGAGGGAGGGUCCUGGGGUGCACCCCCCCGGUGCACUUCCCGGUCUGACAUCGAAAUUCUGGCAACGACAGGAUUGCAUAUUGUUACUCAAACGGCCGGGUUAUGUUUGUUGUUAUUGACUUUUUUUGUGCGUGUAACCGCGAGUGAAGGGGGAGGGAAGUGGGUGGGUGAUCAAGAGCUUUCCCCAUCAAAAUUCCCAAAGCUAUUCCAGUAUUUAUUAAUCCCUCGUCUGUCUUAAAACAACGUUGAGGUUUUUCAGUAUGAAGCGGGAGUUAUUUUGAUUUUUUUUUUCGUUCAGGCAAACCCAUCACUUUUUCACGUUCUUAGUGGGUGUAAAGAAUUUAGGGGGAUCACAUUUUUUUUAGGGGUGAAAGGAAGAGGGAUCAAUCGUCGCUAACAGGGUAUUUUUGGGGUGCUAUAGAAAUUGAAUCCCCCCUCCCCCAACCCAGAAUAGAGACUAAUAGCUUAGUAUCCUUCAACUUUAGUUUGUUCCAAGUCUCUGAGCAAGAUGGCAACCUAUUCAUCACUGGGGCUCGUAACUACGCACAGAGGAAGGCUUGGCCCAGACAAAAAACCAUAUUGUGCUUCAGAAUAUUUCAUGGCGUAUCUCCAAGUUGAUCUGAUUCUGAUCCAUACUGUGACGUACAUAGUCACACAAGGAAGUUUAAAGAAAUAUAGCUGGGUGACGUCAUAUUACUUGGAGUACAGCGGAGACGGUCGGCAAUGGAAUGAAUACAAAGAGGCUGAUGGGAGUCGGAGAGUGAGAGAGAUAGACUGGAUCAAUAUCAGUAUCUGGGCAACUGCCCACCUACCCCUCCCCUAACCCAACAUUAACCCUUACUUGUUAUCAAUAGACUAUUGUUGGGUUAGGGAAGGGGUAGGUGGGCAGUUGCCCAGAUACUGAUAUUGAUCUGAUAUACUUUUUAUUUUAUUACGUUCACUGAAUGAAAUUUUCCCUCGAGACAGAAGUUAGCUCUCCUUAAAAGGGGAUGUUUAAGCUCAAUCGCACAAGAGCCUACUUUGUACGUUUUAGCUUCUGUAAAUUUGGCGGAUUCUCCUUGAUUGGUGAAAAUACGUUACCACGGAAAAAAAAUCAAGAAAAUGGAAUUACUUUCCUCCAGGAUAAUACCAGCCAAGCGAAAAGACAGAGUUUGGUUCGUCACGAUCAAACCCUCUGACUGAUAACUUUGUGUAUUCUCUUCCCUGUUUGUUAGAUAAUAUCCUGACACUGUUAGGAGAAAUUACAUAUCCAUCACAUCUGGGAGUAAAUUUGUUUAAGCGUCCACUUUUGGCUCUCUUAUUUCCUUCUCUCCUCAGGUAUUUUUAGGAAACAGUGAUGUUAAUUCCAUUGUGCGCCGUCGACUUCUGUAUCCAAUUGAAACCCGUUUCUUGCGCAUAAGAAUGUUGAGUGCUCACAGUAAGCAAAGUGAUAAGAAAGGUUGUUUGAAAAUGGAUGUGUAUGGCUGUCCCAGAGGUAAGAAUUCCUACACAGUUUGCGAUGCAAAAUCGCAGCCAUUGAUGAGGCAGCUAUUUCCAACAACUUGUUAAAAAAAAAAUGGAAAUGUUUUUUUCACAGAGGCUACGGAUAUGAACAAGAAGAAACCCAUAUUCGGGUUAAUUGGGCCAACAGAGCUCACUGCUUUUAACGGGACAGAAAUCAUCAUAACAGGUAGGCAGAGGGUGAGAUCUGUUACGUUAGUUUGAAGCUUGAAGAAACGGCAAGCAGAGAUAUCUAUGGCCAACUGAAUAUCAUAAGCUGCUUCUUCUGACUGGACAAGAACACCUCUCUCAGCUUUCAGUCUUUUUCAGUCUUCUACUUUACCCGCAGAAACUAGAGCUCGCUUUAUUUUAACGGGACAGAAGUUACCAUAAUUGCCAGAAAUCAUUGGCUAAACGCGUGGAACGGGAAGCGCUGAGCAUCACGCAUGCUUAUGACCCUACGCUACUCGCGCGCCCCGAUUAUGAUGAUAAAUCUGCUAAGUAAGGAAAGGUGAUUUUUCAGGCCAACACUAUAGCGUUGAUACUAAGGCACAAUCGGCGUCCAGCUUUUUAUCCUUGGGCCUCUGACUGUCAGACUACAAUGCUUCUUUCUUGAUGCUUUGACGUCUGUCAAACUCAUUCCUUGUUAUCUUUUAAUUCCAGGGUAUUACCAAUACUGCUGGGAAAAGAUCAAGAAAGUCGCUUUAUCGCGCCAGCCUAUUGUGAUGCUAUUUGGAGAAUGUAAAUGCUUGGAUUCUAUUGUGAUGCCCAAUUGUGUAAACGUCACUCAAUUUGAAACUCGUUUCUUGGCUCCGGAGGCUCCAGGAACUUAUACGAUUAUGGUGAGCUAUAUUUUUUCCUAGUUAAUAAAUGUUAAAUUUGCCAAUGUUUUGAUAAAUUGAUGAAAGAAACAAAUUUAUGUUUUAAAAAUUAAACUUGCUCUUGACUGAUGCCCUUAUUGCUUAUUAAUCUCGUACCCAGAUCCUACCGUGUCACUGAAGUGUUUCAACCGCUUGGCCGUGGAAGGUCUGGGUACGAGACUAAUUGCUCACAUCAGUUGUAGGUCAUGGCUUAGUCGCAGGGAGGGAAUGCUGAAUACUAAAUGACAUGGUCUAAAAAUUUCCUCGACGUCUGUGUCCGAGUUUCUUUAUUCUAUGUGGGGAAGUAAAAAUCUAAAGGAUGCUGCAAAUCCAACAGGAGAUAAAGAAAGAUUAAAACAGAAAUAGAUCAGUUGUCGGCGUCACUAUUGACGGAGUCUUAGCUCAAAUUACAAAAAGAUCGAGGGAUUAUUUUUUGUCUUGUCAAGGUUGUUUAUCAUUCUCAUUCCAUUUUCAAUUCUUUUUUUUAUAUCUCAGAUGGGAGAAAACGAGAGGAGUAAUACAAGAUGUAACGUAUCUAAGAUAAAAGACGUGGUUAAUGUAGGCACUGUUGAAGUGAAACAACAAGGUAUUACACUUACUUUAGAAGUUAAUUUGUGUAUUUAUAUACUCUUUUUGCUCUAAUGUAAGUCCUCCUUUCUUUUUUUUUUUUUUUUUCCAUCAUUCAUACGUACAGUCGGGCUCAAUGAGAGGCCAACUUAUAACUUUUCAUUGUGUUGAAAAACAUCUUAACAGGUUUCCCAGUCCGCUUUGCGUUUUUCACGUAGCCUGCAGUGCAGGCGUUUUAUUAGAGCUAGCAAACGCUACAAGCUCGCGAUCUUUUGUGCGACCAGCCAUGUUUGGUUUAGAGUCAGAGUGGACGAUGGAGGGGAGAGGGGCAAGGCCCCACUCCUCCCGUCACCUUACUUCUGAUCAUCGUUCACUACCUUGGUACCAAUUUCUUCCUCUCCUCAGCAGUCCGCUGCCGUAAAAUCAAAGUUGGCAGCUCUAAUUUCACUAAAGGAAUACUUAACACUCGCUCGCCAAAAUACGUCUGUUCUGCAAACUACUUUUCUCGCGACCCCGCUACUCGUGGAUAUUUUAUCGUUCAUCGAGCAAGAAACGACGGAAAAAUAAUUUUCAAGUUCUUAACCGUAGAGGAUGAAAGGUGGUUUAUUCACAAAAAAAAUUACCCUGUGGUUGCAGUGUAUUCGCCUGAUAUUCUUGUUAGGGCAAUUUUCAAAGUUUCUGCUUUUAUUACUCUCGGCUUCUUUUUGCUUUUAAAACAAAUGGAACGAACAAAACAUGCCUAUCGUUCCAAAACCUGUCUUAGUUACAGCGGUCUUCACCUGAGUAUCAAAGGUGAUCCUUGAUUGCAUUGAUUUGCCAUAAUUCGCUCUGUGAUUGGCCCAUAAACUCACGCUACUCUCUCAACCAAUCAGAUGCGAAACUAAAACCAAUUCCAACAUGGUCACUUGCGUUUUCCCGCGCUUAAAGCAGUUUGAGUUCUCAUUGGUUAAUAAUACGUCGUCGUAUGAUAUUCAGUUAAAAUAUUCUUUGAAGAACUUGUACUAGAUAAUGAAUGUAGACGUGUUUCUUCUAUUUCUUUUUUCUAAAGUGAAAUUUCCAAAGAACUGUCUGGAAGUGCAAAAGUGGAAAGGAUCUCAUAUUUUAGGAAUUUUCAAAAUAAAUCCUGUCGGGAAGGACGCCUUUGACGUAUACUGUGAUGGAGAGUGGGCAGUUAUUCAGAGGCGAAUGGACGGAUCUAUAAAUUUCAAUCGUGAUUGGGUAGCAUACAAAGACGGGUUUGGUAAUCUCUCUGGAGAAUUUUGGCUCGGGAACGAACACCUUCAUCUUCUUACCAAAACUCCUUCAAUCCUUCAUGUGGAGAUGGAGAGCUUCUCGGGGAAAAAAGCGUAUGCCUUGUACAACUUAUUCCAGAUCGGUUCAUCGGCGGAAAAGUAUCGGCUUAAAGUUGAUAAUUACUUAGGUACAGCCGGCGAUGCUCUGCAGUCCUUAAACGGGGCAGUCUUUUCUACAAUUUACACCGGUUUCGAUACCAAACUACUGCAAAGUUGCGCGAACGUUUUAACCUCAGCCUGGUGGUAUCAAAAAUGCGAUACACUUGAAAAGACCUCCGUGGAUUUGAAUGGCGUCUAUCCGGCGCGUAUAUUGUGGUAUGAAUGGUCGCAAAGUAAUACUAUCAAAUCUGUGACCAUGAAAAUAAAACCUAAGCAAGGUAUGUAAUUUUGUUUUAAACAAAUUAACAAAUAAAUUGCAUGUUACCGUGGGUCUGUUCAGUAAUAGAACACAGUGGUAACAAAAAAGUGGCACACGAGGCACAGCUAAGAGUGUCACUGUUCUGUAUUCGAAGAUUUUCAUGAUACAAUAUUAAUAUUAGCAACUUCACAGGAGACAGGUUAACCCAUUGAGAAGGUUAAAUUUUCUUCCUUUUAAAAGAUUUAAAUGCUUAUCAAGCACUUCUUAUGACCCGCCUCUACAUUUUCAGAUGUUAUGUGCAGCGAAGAAUCAUGUUAUGCAUUGUCUCAAGUAUCCAAGAAAUGGCACGACUUCGUUAGAAGCUGUCCGAUGGGAACCACACCCGUUAAGAUUACGAGCCAAUACGAACAGGAUGUUGUGGCGGGAUUUUCUUCAAAUCCAUGGAUAGGUAAGGCACAGUGCACUUAUCUGUAAGUAGAAUUCAGAAUGAUUAUCAAACCUCAGUGAUAUCACUAGAGUCCGGGGCUUUUCAGGUCAGGCGGAGGGAUCUGUCGUCAGUUAUAGUUGCCAGAAUAUCACAAAGAUAAGCUCACAUGGCUGUUGUUUGAAGAGGACAAACUUAAAUAUUUGGUAAAACAGAAAAAUAUGCCAGGAGGAAUUAUAAAACAAGAGGACUCAAGGAUGGCUAAGAAUGGACAAAAUUGAAACAGAUUGUAAAAGAUCAAAUUGCGAUAUUUUUGCAAAAUCUUUCACUGUAGACAAACCAGGAGUGAUGUUGUUCGUUAUUUUCUUUUGUUUUAGGCCUGUUUAGGCAAGGAAACAAGUUUUACUGGAGCGACGGAGGGAAGCAACAGAAUAUUUCUUCUUCGACUCAGGGAAAGGCCUUUCGAGUCUACAUGACUGUUUCCAGCUGGGUGGUAAUGAGACACGUUGGAUGGCUAUAAACUGCAGUUCCGAAGAAUUCUUCAUAUGUGAAAAAGGUGAACUACACAAAAACAGAUGUAAUUUCUCUACAGGAAUGUUCAAAAAAGCGAAGAGACGAAAAAGGUUUAAACGGGUUUGUAAUGCUUUUAGCCAGCCACCAUCGAUUGACCUGUAUCAUAUCCAAUGGCUAACAGACUGACAGACCGAUUAGAUCGAGUUUUUACCCUUUACACCCUAACAUCAGUAUGCAUAUUCUCCAUAUUGUUCUCUAAACAUUUCCUAAGAUGCUGACAUAGAGAAUUUGUCUAACAAUCCAGAGCUUCUUCGGUCGGUGAUCAGUUCCUUUAUUCUCCUCACCUUAAUGUUUGAUUCAGGGGUGAUAUGGUAAAGAGAAAUUAUAUGCCAGUCACUCUUAGGGGUUAUAAGGUUAAUACCCUGCCUGAAUGGAGAGUGAUAGAAUGGUGUUUUUAAGAACGGCCUGGCAAGUGAAGGAAUGGAUCACUGGAAAACAAAUUCAUUAACCCACUACUAAUCUCAGAUUGCCCUCAGAUGGUGAAGCCUUUCAUCCUUACAAUUCCUACCAUCGGCACGAAUAUUCUCCAUACUGUUCUCUAUACAUUUACUAUGGCACUGGCCAGGAGAAUUUUGUUUCACGAUCAAUCUUUUUUCUUGUUGACCAUUCCCUAUGUUCUCAUGACCAUGUUUGAUUCAGCGGUAAUACCUUAAGGAGAAAUACGGGGGUAAUCACUCUUAGGUUAGGUGAAGGUUAUGGGAUGGCCCGUCAUUUCUCACGGUGAACAGGCCAUACUCCCUGAGAGGGUUUUUCAGUGGAAACGAACAGCAGUUGUGAAUCACGAGUCGAAGGCGAGAAUUUGUAAAAGACCAUCUUGUCUUUAUUUACGUGCAAUUGCUAUCUUGAAAUGUGAAAUUUUUUAGUUUGCUAUAUCUUUUGUUCUGAUACUUCAUCGAAAGAUCUGUUGCGGAACUAUACUCAAUUUACCAAUCAAACCGUAUAUCGCUCUACAGAGAACUCACUGACACUACUGGAGCUUAAUAUUGGUGAAUCAAGUUCCCUUGCCAGUGUUUCAUUGGUUUACGACCAAAGUGAAUAUUCCAUAAGACUGAAAUGGAAAAGCAACAAGACACGUUACCUACGCCUCAACAGAACAUCAUCGUUCAAUCAAUGGACCCGGUUAGCAUUUUCAAUCAAUCAAACGAGAGGUGUGCUGACAUACAGCGAAAACGGAGUUAUCGUCGCGGAGAUGUCAAUUGAGAGAGAGCCUGGGGGUAUCUCAUGGAGAAGUGUGGCAAUAGGACGGUCGCACAGCUUAGCGAAGACUCGAUUCUUAAAGUCCUUUGCCAUAAGGAAGCUUACGAUUGAGAGAUUUGAUGAUGACGCACUUCUAUUUUACAGUGUUCACGAGAACACAGAGAAUGGUAAUAAACAUGUCUCAUUAGACGUUUUGUUGUGAAGUAUCGCUGAGUAUUUUAACGAGUUGAGCCGUAUUUUGACGAGCCCUGAGGGCGAGUCAAAACACAAACCUCUCUGGGUACAUUCUAUUUAGUUUAGCCUGCAAGAAGCAGAGAAGAUGACUGAAAAUACAAUACGAUGUCUUAUUUCGCUCUUCAUUCAUCUGUGAUGCGACCUUGUGGUGAAAAAAAAAUGAAAAUCUGAAAGAAAGACAGAAAGUUUUUAUUCUCUUUGUCUUGUUUCUUGAAUUUCGCAGAGUCUAGAGCAAUAUUUAGUAUUGAUGAAUGUAAAUACGAGAAACUUAACAUCGUGGAUCUUCGACACAGCAGUAAAGGAUGCCAAAUUGACAGUUAUCCCAGCGCGUGUAGUGACAAAAUUGGUUCGAAACGUGAGUGAAUACAGGUGUAGGAAUACAGUAGUCUGCAAUAUGCCAAUUAACGCUGAAGAAUGAGACUCAUCGUCUUAUGUUCUUUAGGUAAUUCAGUAAAGGUAUCAAUUCCAGGUGCGAAUAUUGGGGAGGGGUGCAGGAGAUACUAACCCCCCCCCCCCGCCCCUCCCUGCCUUCUGAAAUGACCUGCGCCUUUCUAAUACGGUAACUUCACAGUUACCGUAUUUCCUCGAAUAAGCGCCUGGGGCUUAUUUAAAAUUUCAGCUGAAAGGAGGGGCACUUACUAGAAGGAGCUUAAUCGAGGGGGAGGAGGGGGUGGGGCGCUUAUUAUUCACCUGCACCGAUUCUGUGGCCGAACAAAAAAGUUAUGAAAAAAGUGGUGAUAGAAACAGUUUUUCCUUGCAUCCCUACUAUUUGAGAAAUUGCAUAUUCGAAGGAGCGAUUGUUUGAAAUUAUGACCGAGGGGGUGGGCGUCUAUGCAGAUGUUUCAAGUACAUGCUGGUCGUUGCUGAUGAAGACCGGGAUUGGCUUGGCUCUUUCUUGUUGAAACCAAACUCUUUGGAUACUCUGGCCUUGCCGUUGUCUCUUUCAAAUUUAUUUGUAAGCUCAUCUCUUUUGAUUGAUCACGAUCUUUCUUGAACUGUAUAGGAUUGAUUGUGCGCAUUUUUUACAUAAUUUAUGCGUUUUUUUCUCUGUUUGCAGAAACAUUGUCUUCAUUCAGAGGAAGAACGUCCAUGAGGAUGGGAACAUAUAAGCACUAUAGAAGUGCUUAUAUCAGUGAUAUGUACGGGUGCCUUCAUCUUCGGUGCCAAUCGCACCUUUCACACCUGCACGUGUUUGUCAAAGAUUCCACCGACAAUGAAAGGCUUAUUUUCGUGGGGUAUGUUGUGGAUCAUGAAUGGAUUUACUUCCAAGUAAGACUUGGAAGUUUUACAAGCGGUCCUUAUCAGGUACAUAUAAACUUUGCUGUUUGAUUUUCUACAAUGCUUCAGAAUAAGAAGAUUCCAGUUGAUUUUAUAUGAAGCUCCUAGAAAGCAAGAGUACUGGUAAAAUGGAAAACAAGUCUACUACUGAAGCUAAUUGGAGGAGAGAAGCAUGAUCCGCGCGAGGGCAUGGGGCGAAAGCAAGCUGAAAGUAGCGAUAAAGAACGGAAAAGAAAUAAAAACGCCUGCUGAAAAGCCUCGACUUCGAGUGCUAGAGCCAGUUUUUUUCAAUCGGCCCCCUCCAAGAUUGUUCAUAAAGAGAGCUUCGAGGGUGUUUCCAAAACAUUUUAAACAUCAUAAAUUACCUGCGUUAAUUUAUUCACAGUUAACAUGAAAAGAAAAUAAUUAAACGAUACGCCUCUACCGUUCACAUUUCAUUAUAGAUACGAAUAUUCGUUAAAAUGAUUGGUUUGUGGCUGGACUUUGAAAAUUUGAUGUUAACGACUGGCAACUGUCAAUCACAAGCGCCAUUACAGGGUAUGUAAUGUUUCAUCACUAAGGUCAGUAGAAUACAAUUUUCAUGAAAUACCAUAAUUCAACACAUGCCUCGGUCCCAGCGCCCCAACCGAGUGGUUACGGCGCCGGUCUUGUAAUCUGGUGGUCCCGGCUACGCACUGGACUUAUUCCCAAUUGCCCCGAAUUUAACUCCUUGGCUGCGUUUUUACUUAGCUAACAGGUCUGUUUCCUGCCAGUUGGGAUUUUCAAAAACUAUGUUUAUUCAUUCACUCAUUUAUUCAUUUAUUUAUUUGUUCGUGUAGACCCUGAAAACCCCGAUUAAGGAGUGGGCGGACAAACAUGCAUACAUACAUACACGAGGGUCUCAGUGAGUUUAGCCGUUAGCUAUAAAACGGACAAAAAAUUUAGCUGUUAGGCGUAAAAAUUGAGAAAUUUUGACCGACAGUCGUAAAAAAAUUGACCAUCAAAAAUUUCUGGUGACAACAGUUGAAUGAUUUACGGGAUAACUGUUAGCCGUAAAAUGGCCAAAAUUUUAACCGUUAGCUGCAAAAGCCAUCACCCCAUUGAGAUCCUUAUGCACACAUGCAUAAAUACUUACUUACCAGGAUGAUGUUUUCAAUUGUCACAAGCAUCCUUGAUCCACUGAAUUAUUUGAUCGAAUUUCCAAGGUGGGUCAUUGAUGUAUCACGUCCAAUGAUGUGGUUAUCAAAAUUCUUUCCGGCAUGGUAAAGCUCAGAGACAAAGUAGCAAGUAAUGUGAGGAAACUCCACAGUAGCGUGGAAAUCAGGCGUUCAGCUAGUAAUACUGAGAGAUGUAGUAAAUGGCGCAAUAGUAGCGGCAGAGCCAAAACGCAGAAGGUCUAGGUCGGGUCGUUGUUCAUUACGCUACCCAACCCAAACCUCUCUCACCUUUUCACUCCUCCGCUACUAUUGCGCAGGUCACUACUGUGCUUCGUUUUACCAACGGAACGCCCGGAACAUGCUAGUGGAAAUGUCUUUCCAUCACCAAAAUCAAAAUAAAUUUUUCCCCGUGUGUUUCUUAAUGCUGUAGGAUUUGAAAACUCAUUUGUACACGCAUUUCCAAGGGCUGCAGACUACAUGUACGAAUUUUCUCUAAAGCACUGGCACAGGUGGGCACCUUGUUACAAUGCAUCAGCUGACGGCUGGGAACCAGAUGUGUUUCACGCAAAGUGCGAUCAUAAACCUCUCACAGUUGUCUUAGCAAGAGCUAACUCAUGGUGGAUAUUCGGCGGCAUCAGCUCAAGUCCAUGGAAUGCUUGUGAGAAUAAUUAGCUUUUGGUGAAAUUUUAUCUUGGGCUGUGUGGAUUUCCACAGGGCGCUAUGUGCUAGGAGUUCCCUUUGUUGUUUAGAUCUCCUGUGAAUAGUAUAGAUAUAUUUCGAUAACCUCGCUACCCUCCUCAAAACGUUUCGUACAUUCUCGAACAAACGAAUUUCAAAUACAGUGUACUUUGGAUUUCCGCAAAGAGGAAAAAUUGAAAAGCGCAAGUUACACAAAGCUUCGUCAGAGAGCAUCCUUUAAAAAAAGGUAAUCCAGGAUUGCAUUAGCUUAACUUUACUCCGUUCGGUGAUUGGUCCACAAAACGUGCGCUACUCUCUCAACUAAUCAGGCAAAACUAAAUCAAUCACGACUCUCGCGUUUCUCGCGUUCUAGGCAGUUUGGCAGUUUUUACUUUGAGUUCUAAUUAGCUCUUAGGGGUAUUUUCCUUUCAUCUGAGUGCUUAUUGUGGUUUUACAAUACUCAAGCGAAAAGCGCUGUAAUAAAAACCUUAAAAAGGCUAAUUGUAUAUAUAUAUAUCAUUUCAGUUUCCAACAUGUCGACGAUGAGUACUGGUUCGGUGCUGUUUACCCUGAGGAAUUCCCACGGUUCUGACUCUCCUUACAGAAUUUCUUCCCCAAUGAAGGCCAUUAUCUACAAUAAUAUGAAUUACGGACCGACUUUCGAUGUCGAUCUUUUGCUCAUUGGAAAGAAUGGUACAAGCUCUCUCGGGAAAACUUACGAAGCACCAAGAUACGAACGGGACAUGACACCCAAGAACACGUAUUUGGCGGGAAGUUCUGAGUUUGUUUUGUCCGAACUUGAAGUUUACUAUUCUGGUAUGUGUUCUUCAUUUCUUCCUUAAUUUGAAUUAUGAUUAUUGGAUUAAUCAUAAAAAUGACAAUUUCCUCAAUUGUGAUUGGUUUAAAAAACUCCUAUUUUCCGCUAAUUUGCUUGCCAAGUUAUCGGAAAGUUUGUUAUUGGACAAUUCAAUAAGCCAAUCACAUUCACAGUUGUAGUUUAAAUCAACCAAUCACAUUCAAAGUUGUAGUUGAAAUCAACCAACCAAAACCUUCGUUCAAAUCAUCGUGAAAACAAUGUAAAGAUCUAUUUUGCCACGUUUUUAAUGCAAAUUUCCCCUUUCUUUCAUAACUUAGCCAUUCUUCUUUUCUCGGAAAUUGUAAUUUUUAUAAUUAAUUGGUAAUUAGACUUCGCGUUGUCCAAUUCGGUCUGCAAUCAUACUUGUGAAAAAAAAAAAUAGGACUCCCGCGGAUUUUGUUGUCACUCGUACGAUUAGAGACCGAAUUGGACUCCACUCAGUCCUACUAUCAUUACUGGUCAAAACUAUAACAAAAUCUCGCACGUGAUUGGUUAUCAUCCGCCCGUCAAGAUUGAAAUUGGAUAGGGCGCGUCAUGUGUGCGCCCUGUUGCCGCGCAUUUCGCCGAAUUAACUGUUGUUUUUCAUGAAAACGUAUAAUUGAUGGCUAGUUUAUUCAUCAAAUUUUGUCACAGUUUUGAUCAAUUGCUUACAGGACCUCGUGUUUUCCAAUUCUAUUCAUGCUCUUAAUUUAACAAAUCGGACUCCCAAUUUGCGGUCAUCCGAUUUUUUCAUUCGCUUGUGUGAUUACAGACUGACUUGGACGACAAGAAGUCCUGUUACUAUUUCUUAUGAUAGAAUCAUUUUGAAACAAUGUGUAUGACUACCAAAAGAAUCGAGUUUCAAAAUUUGGCUUUAAAUGUUUCAUGAAGAUAGUGGCUUAGAUGUGGGAUGUGAUGAACUCAUGUCAAUUUGGCCUGGAACGAGUCAGCAUGAGCGUGUGAGGAUGAAAUACAACGUUUUUAAUGACCUGGUUUAAUUGCAGAGAGCCAUAUUUUCUCAAAAGUGGAGACAUGUUUCGCUGGAAAUGUUUUAUUGGCUGAGGGGGAUCAAAUAACUUGUCAUUUUGGAGGCUCAAAGUACGUAAAGCAAGUCUACCUGGAAACUAACUGUGAUACUGGAAAGAAGGCAUCAUUUCAGAUUUCUUUCAACGAUCGUGCCAAGUCGGUAGUGUAGGUUGAAAUCUUUCUCGUUAUCAUUUCGCUUGUAUCCAUCAAAGUUUAUCCCUGCUGCAGAUUGACACCAAUUAUCUUAUUUCCUCGAACAAGCGCCCGAGCACUUAUUUAAAGUUUCAGCGAAAAGUAGAGGCGCUUAUCGGAAAGAGGAGACUUAACCAAGGGGGAAGCUUAUUAAUUUCCUGUACUGAUUUCUCCCAAGUUGAAGCUAAAAAGUUAUAAACAAAGUGGCGAUAGAGACAAGUUUCCCUUAUAUCCCUACUAUUUAAAAAAGUGAGGGAGCAGGGGGGGCACUUAUUCAAGGGUACUUGUUUGACAUUAUGGCUGAGAGGGUUGGCGCUUAAUCGAGAGAAGGCUUAUUAGGGCGUGGGCGCUUAUUCGAGGAAAUACGGUAAUCUCUUUUUGUGGCACAACUCCAUUGACGACCUGGAACAAGUACAGCCAUUCUAUUGUGGAGGCCUAUCCCACUGUCUACGACAUCAUGUACAGUAGAGGAUGCAGAGGUGAGGGUCCCGAGACCCACACCUCCCCUCAAUAGACCUGUGGGUAUUUUUAAUCCAUACCUGAUACCAAACUUCUACCAAAAUUGUAUGUUUACCGAAUCAAAGUUUAGAACCCUCCUCCCCAGCCUCUCCCCUCAUCCAUCCUCCUUAACCCCUCCUCCAUCCUCCCCCCCCUCCUCCGUCCCCCCCCUCCAUCAAAAGUUCCUAACUCCGCCCCUUGUCAAUUUUUUUUUAAAAGAUGAAUUAAGGAUUUUCCACCCUUCUGGAAUGAGUAUGACCGAGAGGAGUUUUCUUUGUAAAUCUUGUCCGAUCACUAGAUAUGUCCGAGAUGCGGCAUGUGGGAUAGUGUUUGAAAGACACAACAACAAAGGAUUAGCUAAUGGAGCCACGGAAAUGACUUUAACACCGCUCAUGUACCACAGUGAUAAAAAUGAAACUUCUGUUCAAGCAAUGGGAUGGAUCGGGGAAAGAGGUAGAGUUUAGCUCUAGGUUCUUCGUUUUAAUCCUAUCGUACUUUUCGUUCUGUCCUGGUUUUUUUAUUCUUUUCCUAAUUUUUGUUCUGUAGCUUCUCUUUAUUGCGCUUGGUCUCCCUGUAAAUUUUCUGUUGGUUUUUGUCGUUGUAUUUGUUCUUGUUAGGGAGUUUGGGACGUCACUGCGGCGAAGCCUAAGAAAACCUUGACGAAAAAACGAGCUUUCUUUUCUUUUAAGAAUUUCGCCAGCUCCUCAGUAAAUUUACGCUUUCUGAUGAUGCGACGUCAUCCCUUCGGCACAACAUGUGAAUCAUUGUAGUUUUGAACUCAAAUUAAAAACAAAAAAAAUCUAAAUUUUAAAAAUUAAAUUCUGUCGAGGUUUCCUUUCAGCGAGGGGACUUCAAAGUUGAUGACUUCAGGUUGUUGUUGUACAUGAGAAGACUGAAAAAUAGCCAAGUUCUAAAACGCUCGAGCCGCGCUAUUGUUUUGCGCAGUAAAUUUUUUGUCUCGCCUCGUUCUUCUUUCAGUCCUUGUUGUUGUUGCACCGUCUUUGAUGUUUUUUAUUUUGUCGUGUUUGUCUCUGUUUUUCUUCUUCUUCUCCGUCCUUUCCCCAAAGAUGACGAAUUUCAGCCAGUUUACGAUCAGUACGGUUUAUUUUGGGUUGGGUUUUUUAUAUUAAUAGGGAGUUUUAGAAAACCACGACGGCAACGGCAACGGGAACAUCACUAAACAAAAGGCUUAAUGAGCAGAACAAUAGCUGUGCACGUGCGUUAUAAAUCUUUGUAAAUUUUUUUGCGUCCUCUGCAAAACAACAACAUGGAUGUCCAGAUGUUGUCGGGAGAACGUGAACGACGACGGCUAAUUUUGUAAAUUUUUGUUUCUAAUUUAAAGUUGUGUUACAUGUUCAGUUUCGAGAUAGUUUAAUCAGUGAGAAACAAGCUAAAUGACUUUAGAAUAUCGCCAAACUCGUUGGUAAAAUAUAAGUUCAAUUUUUAACAGAAGUUGUCCACAGCGUCGCCGUCGUCGUUUCUUAAACUCGAACAUCUGUUGUGAAUCCAUUCGUCUUUUCAAACAACAGAUUGUGCUAAGAUGACCUCUCUUUUUUUCUCAAUACCAGACAUUAUGGAACCUUUAUUUCAGUCCUUGAGCUUAUACUGGUCAAUGGAAAAUGUGACGCAAACAGCCAAUCUUACAAGAAACGGAACCAACCGCACUGAACUCAUUGACUCCAAUGCUAAUGUUGUGUCACAACCUGUCAAGUCUUCUGAAGGAAAGUUGCACUUUGGGAUUAUUAAUGAAUCUUGUAUUAUAAACUUAAGACAUACGACGUGCCCUGAGGGUAUUACGAUGUCUUUUUGGCUGAGAUUAUUUAAGACCAGACCAACAGAACCUGUGAAGAUUUUGGGAUUCGGCCAGCCGCAUGAAAAUAAAAAUGGUUUUCUGGUAAUGGAAAGAGAAGAUGACCUUGUCAUUCGAAUGAUCACUUACAAAUACCGUUGCGAAAUAGAACUAGAUGUGGUCGAUGGUGCUUGGACACAUAUAACUUUCUCGUUUCGUAUUCCUCGUCUCCUGAAGGGUUACCGCAAUGGUGAACAAAAUGUAAGCAAUAAUGUAUGCGUUGUCGUGCCCAAUGCUAUCGAGUUUGAUCAGCCAUUAACAAGCGGAGCAGCCAAGGCUACUUUUGACGAAGUAAUGAUCUGGUUUCACCAGCUCCAGAGAGAUGAAAUCUUUGGCUUGGUUGAAAACAAUAUAGGUACGAACGACUGUUAAGUAACUUGUUACUUCCAGUUUUUACAGUGAAUAGAUACACCUAAAACCGGUUGAAUAAGUUUAUACGAUCACACGCACAAUAUUUCCAAGACCCCGUGCCUUACUUAACAAGACAAUUUGGUUUUAUUGACUGAGCUGAUAAUGUAAAUUGAUUACCGUAAAGCUGAAGUUUCCAGCGUUAGCCCUCAGGCAGGGCUUUGACGAUGGGGCAACCCUAUAAACGUCAGUUUUAGAAACCCUUUACGUUGAUCAAGUUACAUUUCCAACUCAAUUAACAAAACCAAAUUUAUCUUGUUUUCCCCUCCCUUCCCCCCCCCCAACCAACGCAGCACUACAGUUUCUUUACAAACUUACCCCCCAAACUCAGUUGCGUUCUCAGUGGCAAAUUGAAGUCUAGGUGUUAUAACUGACUAACGUAUGUCUUAACACGACCUGCAGAACUUAUUCUUUAAGAGCAAGGCAUCUUAAAUUUCAGAGACCAGAGCCAUCAAUUUGAGGAACCAACUGAAAGCCGCCUUGGCGAGUUGGGUUCAUGGUCGUUAAAGAAGCUGUUCUAUUUGAAAAUAUUUCUCUCACUAGAAUCAUCUUUUUUUAUUAUAAUAUUAUUUUAAUUUUAUGAUUAUUUCUAUCAAGGAAAGCCAUCUCGGUUUUGGAUAAAUGUGGAAUUCAAGUUUCCAGGCAAGAAUUGGAGCGAGUUCAUUAAGUCAAAGGAUGCAGAGAAUCGAGACAUCGAGAAACAGGUGUGAUUUUCAAGGACUACGGGAGCAAAUAGCUUCGCGUUUAGCGUUUCCAAUUAGUUUAUUCUUUUAUUUUUUCUUCUUCAGGUCAGAAAAAUGUUUGAAAAUGAUCCGAAAUACGGCUUUUCCUCCAUUUAUUCCGCAAGGUACCGUACGUAAAGUUUUUUUUUUCAGAUAUAUUCGGCGUGAAUAGAAAAUGAAAUAGUAUUGAUAACACUUCAAUGCCAUUGUUGUUUUUCAACAAACCUAAAGUGAAAAUAUCACAGUUUUGUGCUUGCUCGGCUAAACUGUCAUUUUACGUGUUUUGAAGGACCAGCCAUACCAUUCUCUUAAGUUUACACGUAACGUCAUGAUGUUGAAUACCUAAAAAAACAUCAUAAAGGCUGGGUUAUCAUUAGUUCCCCUUUAAAGAAUUCUGGAUGGAAGAUGAUGAUAGCAUUGAUGUCUAUGCUCUUAGCUGCGAGUGAUGCACAUUUCGAAUCCUGGGGAAUAUUUAAAAAGUUUCGUUUUUUACAGGUCCGGAAGUGUCAUUGUAAAUGUCAACAUGUCGUUCUACUCUGUUGGAACUGACAACGUCAUUAACCUUAUUGAAGCCUUAUCUCCAAACUCCUCAAUAUUUCGAGAAGAUUUCGAAGUGACUUCUGUUGAAUCGCUACACAGUAAGAUUACUGUCAUUUGCUACAUUUAUCAGAUUCGUUCUUAAUUAAGAGAGUAUUUUAAGGGAGCCGUCAUUAUUUAUCGUUGGGGGUGGAAGGAUUUUGAAUAGGGUCACAUGGUUUUCAGGUGGAACGGAAAGGGGAUCAGUGUUCACUAACAGAAUAUAUAGGAGGGAUCAUAGGAAAUUAACUUCCCAUAGGGGAUAAUUAAAAUAGUACAGAGCCUUAUGAGGGGGGGGGGGUGUUAUGAUACGAUCAAAAUCCUCCGAUUCCCCUCCUCCUCCUCCCCCCCUCCCCCCGACAGGUGAUAAUAUUCCCCGAUCGCUAAACUUACUGAAGAUCCCAGACCCAAGCUCACCCGAAAAAAUAAAUAAAUUUUCAAAUCUUUUUUCUUCAUAGUACCAACUAGGGCUCCCACAAACGUAACUGCUACUUCUUGUGAAUCGGAUUCUCUUUGUCUCCUGGUUUCGUGGACAAGUUUGCCAGAGUCUUAUGUGGACAGUUUGAAUGGAAUUUUCCAGGGAUACGCGAUACUGUAUUGUGAAGAAGGCGAACCAUUUGCUGAACAGUACGUACCGCCUCAGAAUAAAGAAAGAUACGAAGCUGAGAUAAAGAACCUCAAGGGGGUCACUAAAUAUAUUAUUCGAGUAUCGGUGGUUACCUUGUCUUGUGCGGGCCUUCCAAGUUCCCCUAUCACUGCCUUUAGUGGGGAGAGCGGUAAGUAAUGAAAUGGCUCAUUUCUCUAUAUGAAGAUAGGCUCAUAGCGAGGGUGUUGUAACUUUCAUUAACGUUUUUUAAUAUUUUUGCCACGCGUUUCUAUUGUUGCAUUUGAAAAAUUCGUAUCAGAAGUUGACGCGGGUGAAAAUAAAGAGGUUAAAUUUUGGUUUUGAAGUUUUGGUUUGUGUGCGUGUUUGUUAUUUUUACGGAUGAGGCGUACUUUAAUAGAACAUUUCAGCUGGAAAGAAUCAGCUGAACAGGGGGUGAGGGGGGGGGGGGUGCAGGGAGUGUGCAUCCCCCUACCUCACUGAUCACGAAAACGGUUUUCCAAUAUGACAAGCAUUCUGCGUCAUUCCUCAGCGGUGCACCCCUCCUGAGAAAAACCCUUGUUAGUGUACCUGAGCAACUGCGCACUUACUCCUCCCCUAAACCAACAAUAGUCAACUGACAACAAGUUAGGGUAAUUUUGGGUUAGGAGAGAGGGGUUGGUGCGUCAUUACUCAGAUAUUCAAAUUGCCCUUCUUUUUUAAGCAUUAUGAUUCGUUGACAAACAAUCAAAGAGGGAAACAAACUAAAACCUUUGAUUUUUAGCUCCCAGUGCUCCUCCAUCCAACCUCAGAGUGACAGACCUAAACUCCACCUACUGCGAAGUCACAUGGGACCCAAUCCCUUCGGAGCAUAUUAAUGCAGCCACGCUUCUUGGUUAUGAGGUAUUCUGGGAAAAGAGCAUUAACUCUACAAUCAAUGUGACCAGGACAGCCCAAACAACAGUUUGGUUGACAGAUUUGGAAGAAGACACCGAGUACAAUGUCACCAUCAGCGCUUUUAAUCGAAUUGGCAGUGGACCAAACAGCUCGUUGUUUACUUUCAGGACAGACAAAGGUCCCAGAGCUCCUAGUGCUCCUCCAACCAACCUCAGAGUCACCAACUUAAGUUCCACUUACUCCGAAAUAACAUGGGACCCAAUCCCUUCGCAGCAUAUAAACGCGGCCACAUUACUUGGUUACGAGGUAUUCUGGGUAAAAGUCCUUAACUCUACAGUCAAUGUGACCAGGACGGCACAAACAACAGUUUGGUUGACAGAUUUGGAAGAAGACACCGAGUACAAUGUCACUAUCAGUGCUUUUAAUCGAAUGGGCAGUGGACCAAAUAGCUCAUUUUAUACUUUCAGGACAGACAAAGGUCCCAGAGCUCCUAGUGCUCCUCCAACGAACCUCAGAGUCACCAUCCUGGGUUCUACUUUCUCUGAAGUCACAUGGGACCCAGUCCCUUCGCAGCACAUCAACGCGGCCACACUUUUUGGUUAUGAGGUAUUCUGGGUAAAAGUUCUUGACUCUACAGUCAAUGUGACCAGGACAGCACAAACAACAGUUUGGUUGACAGAUUUGGAGGAAGAUACCGAGUACAAUGUCACUAUCAGUGCUUUUAAUCAAAUGGGCAGUGGACCAAACAGCUCGUUGUUUACUUUCAGGACAGACAAAGGUCCCAGAGCUCCUAGCGCCCCUCCAACCAACCUCAGAGUCACCAACCUGGGUUCUACUUACUCUGAAGUCACAUGGGACCCAAUCCCUUCGCAGCAUAUUAACGCAGCCACACUUCUUGGUUAUGAGGUAUUCUGGGAAAAAGUCUCUAACCCUAUAGUCAAUGUGACCAGGACAGCACAAACAACGGUUUGGUUGACAGAUUUGGAGGAAGAUACUGACUACAAUGUUAUCAUCAAUGCUUUUAAUCAAAUUGGCGGUGGACCAAACAGCUCAUUGUUUACUUUCAGGACAGAAAAAGGUCAGUGACGGAUUUCUAGCGCACAGCUAUCUUUCCUACCGCCUGUAACUCAAAAAUUACAGGACAAGCACAAUCGUCUCCCUCACUUGCUCUCUUAGGGAGCUACCGAAAAAAAUGUUUCAAAUCUAAAAUAAAAAAAAAAAUACUGCUAAUGUACUGUAUUAAGGAUUCUCUUAUUAUACAAAAUUUGUUAUCCCAUAAUGUCAGUAGUGUAAACACAGGCUGUACUGUAAAUAAUCGUCAGAUUUAAUCUUAACGUAUGCAGUUUCAUUACAGUUGUAAAGUACUUAGUAUUUCAAAGUACCGUCAGUUGCGUAGGUAACACCGACAUUGGGAGAAAUACAGCUACGGUAUACAGUUAAUAAAAAAACACUGAUAAAAGAAAACAGAUAUCAUUUUGAGAUAACUUAAAAUUGAGCUGCUUUCUUUCAGCUGCAGUCAAUGGCACUACUUUACUUGUUGCAAACUCAACCGUCAAUGGAAGUAAGCGAAUCACACAUGCACCACUUAAUCUGUAAGAUAAAAGUUGCUGCAUUAUGCAUUGUGUAACAACGUUAAGAUAAUUUAAACCUGAGCUGCUCUCUUUUUAGCUGCAGUCAACGGCACCACUUCACUUAUGGCAAACUCAACCGUCAAUGGAAGUAAGCGAAUCACACAUGCACCACUUAUUCUGUAUGAUAAAAGUUGCCGCAUUAUGCAUUGCAAUAAUUUAAACCUAAGCUUUUCUCCUUUUAGCUGCAGUCAACGGCACCUCUUCACUUGCUGUAAACUCAACUGUCAAUGGAAGUAAGCGUAUCUCACAUACACCAAUUAAUCUGUAAGAUAAAAGUUGCCGCAUUAUGCAUUGUGUAACAAUCUUGAGAUAAUUUAAUUAAACCUAAGCUGCUCUCUUUUUAGCUGUAGUCAACGGCACAACUUCACUUACUGCAAACUCAACCGUCAAUAAAAGUAAGCAAAUCCCACACAUGCACUAUUGAACAUGUACUCCGUCAGUAUAUAAAAAAUUGCCGCAUUAUGUACUGUGUAUCAAUGAAGUCCAGCAAAUACCAACAAGCCAAGAGUGCGAGAGAUUGCCAUUUUCAAUGUAUUUAAAUGUAAGCUUUUCUUCUCUUAGCUGCAGACAACAGCACGAUCUCUCAUGCUGUGAACUCAACCAUCAAUGGUAGUAAGUAAAUCCUCUUUACUUUCUCGGCAACUAAUCCAAGCUGGUUUAAAUAUCGCCAGUAAACAUGAUGCAACCUUAAAUUCUAACACUUAAAAUAUUAUAGAAAUUUUGGUUGAAAGUAAAUUUUAUGUUAUAGGAUAUUAACGCUGUUUUGUCUUCUUUUAGCUUUUGCUAACAGCACCAGUGUUUUAAAUUACUCUACUACAGGAAGCCCUAUCAUGAGGACCAAUCAAAAGCGAGUAGAAUUUUCCUCCUGAGUUAUGCAUUCAGGCGAGAUGUCUUUCUUAAUGCAUCGUUCCAGAUGUAUUAUGAAUGAUAGUUUGUCUCGAUGUGUCUUGUGCCCGUCUUUAUACUAGAGACGCCUAAAUUACAAAUGUUUUCCCACGCUAUUUUUUAACCAGACGCUAGCGAAAGAAAAGAGCCUCCCCCACCCCUUGUGCAAGAAGAUGCUAAACCUUAUUUAUAUAUUCCUUUAGCACUAAUCAACAGCACCAAUCACAGCAGUCUAAAUAGCUCUCACGUACAAAACCAUAACACAACGAUAAACCAAGGUAAGUGCGGUUUUAACCCCAUAGAGCGCUUUUCAAUCGAGUGUCGUAAAACUCAAACCAAAAUAAUAACAACGGCCAAUCAGGGGGAAGAAAAUUACCGAUAAGAGCCAAUGAGAAUUCAAUGCAAAAACAGCCAAGCUGCCUUAAGCGCGGGAAAACGCGGCAACCAAGUCGUGAUUGGUUUUCGUUUUGCAUCUGAUUGGUUGAGAGAGUAACACGAGUUUUCUGGACCAAUCACAAGGCGAAGUAAGGCAAGACCAAAGCAACACCAAAUAACUUUGGACAAUGGGUUGAAACUUCCUCUUUUAGGGUUGUUUUACCCUCCAGACGGCCUGUAUAGUCAAAGUGACUUGAUGAAUGAGACUAACAAACCAUACGCUAAACAAUAAUGAACAUUACCUGUUUGUUUCUUAGCUUCAGUUAACAGCACCAUAGUCUUUAAUAACUCUUCCGUAGGUGGAUCGAAUGUAUCGAGUGGUCAAAGUAAGUGAAAAUACAUUAAUUCCUGGGUUUAGGGAUCGUAGAUUUUCAGUGAUCGACGCGAAUUUCACAUUGUGGAACCUGGAAUUUCCCUAGAUGUGCAAUGCUAUGUAGGUCAUCUAGUAUGCCCUGUCAAGACUGAACCAGAGCAUAUGGCCUCAUGAACUGGUAAUAUAACUAAGGAAAUAGGUCAAGAGCGCUUUUUUACCGGAAAAGACUAACACAUUUACCGAUUUGCAGAUCUCUUUAAUCUUAAUUCAUCUUCUUUUAAUAGCAAACAAAUAAACUUGUCAAAGUCCCUUACUUGACAGCAACUCUGUUGUCCUAUGCAUUUGUUCCACUGAACUUGAUACAACAUUUACAGAAUGGAAUAAAAAUUUACAUCACUGGAGACAAAAUUUACCCGUGUUCAUCAAAAGUAGUGAAUGUACAACAUACUAAAUUGCUAAACCAAAUCUCAACUUCUGAAAAAUUAGGAAAUUUUAUGUUUUCUAUUUCUAAUUCUUUCAGGUGUGAUAAAUAACGAUGUUGCAAACGCUACGUUGUCAAGUUCGACGACCAGCUCAUCAACAGUAAAACAAGAAGGUGAGUGGAAUCAAUUGCCAUCUUAAAAGAUUAAAAGAAAGAGUGAAAAAAAAAACAUGCUCCAACAUGGAGGCAGGGCGUUUCCCACCACGCGCAGUAAAGAGGGUAAAUCGUUGCCAACAAUCUCUAAAUAGAUACUACUGGUGAGUGAAUGGAAUGAAUUUCUUUUUCUCUAACGAAGCUAGAGCUGACACUCGAAACAUCAGCUUUAAAAACUCCUUGCGGUGGUCAAUUUACAUCAUCAACUCAGUUUAUGAAACACAAUUAUCGGGUUACGACCCCCCUCCCCCCUCCCCCCCUCGAUGCAGCACCACAAUUUCCUAGCGGGUGAACGUUUAUAUUAUUCUCGGAAGUCGACAUGACCUUCGGGUUAAGUAAUAGCGUUAUUCGGUGCUUUGAAGAGUUGGUUUUGAUUUAUACAUUUAUAACCACUAACCACUCAUUAUCUACCACCUUGAGGGGGCGGGGGGCGGGAGAGUGGUCAAGGAUUCAUGUCGUGUCAUAAUAAAAUUCGUCUACUCCCGCAAAGGCUCUAUAGUAAUCCAAUGAUCCUCCCCUCCCUCGUUGGCAGUCAAUUUUCUAUAGUCCCCCCUUUAUACUCAGGUAGCGACGACGACUGACUCCCCUUCCAUCCCCCCUGAAAAUCAUGUAAUACUCCAAAAUCCUCUGACCCCUCCCCCCUGGAGAGCAAUAAUGACUGGUUCUUAAGCUUAAAAUUAGACACCAAAGCCGGAAGAAACAAGUCAUGUUUUUCUGUAUAUCGUUAAGGUGGCUAUGUAAUAUCCUCCACAUGCCUCUCCUUUCUGCUCGCCGCGUAUUUUUCCGUUUUUGCGCCGAACAAGGAACACCCGAACGGUUGCCUAAGGUUAUCAGCGGUUGUCAGGAGCCCAUUAAUAGGCUCUUGCAGUUGUCUAAGGUUAACAGAAUUAUUUUCAACACCCCCAUAUGAGCUUACAUUUUUUCUUUAUUGGUCAUGUCAUAUCUUCUCCCACUGCAGUUCCUAAGGAUACACCUGAGAACGUAAACGCUAAAAAUUACACAAGUAUUAACUCACUUUUGGUCACGUGGGAUUCAAUACCCUCAGCUUCACGCAACGGAGUUAUCCUUGGUUAUAAAGUUUUUUACAGACCCGUGCUCGUGUCACGUGAGCAACCCACUGUUACCAGCUCAUCUAUGGUGACAGUCGGUGCAUCAGACCAACAGGCUUUACUGACCAGAUUAGACAGCUUCACUGUAUACGAGAUUGAGGUGCUGGGGUUCAAUGUGGUUGGAGACGGGCCUAGAAGCACUCCCAUAUAUGCAGGUAGGGGGAGAUAUACGUGA